CGACUGAGAAGCACACAUAGCACUGCUUAUUCGUUUAUUUUUAUCAAGAACAAUUUUGUUAUUUCUUCUGUUAUCAUUGGUGUUGAGAUGAAAGAUGAAUUUCAACGCAUAAUUAAGGAAUUCAAAGAGGUGAUGGAUAAGGCUGUUGGUGGUGCAGUGCUCAUAUCGUUCGGUUCGAUCGCUCAGAGCAGUAAGAUGACUCCGGCAAUGAGAAAUGCUUUCGUGCGAAUGUUUACUGCAUUCCCUCAUAUACAAUUCAUCUGGAAAUACGAAGUUGAAGAUGAAGUAGCCAAUGAUCGACCAAAUGUUCUCAAAACAAAAUGGGUUCCGCAAAAUGAUUUACUCGCCCAUCCAAAUAUGAAGGCGUUUAUAUCGCACGGAGGCAUGAACAGUCUUACAGAAGCGUUUCAACACGGUGUCCCAAUUGUAUGUAUUCCAUUGUUUGGUGAUCAGAUGCGUAAUGCUAAAAUGGCUGAGAAACGUCGUGUGGCCACAUUUCUUGAUAAAGGAAAUAUCACAGAAACUUCUCUUUUAUGGGCACUUCGAACUGUUUUGAGUGAUAAAAGGUUAUCUUUAAAAGUCCCACUAAUUCCAUACAUAAACACCAAUUGUAAUUAUGCAAAAUGGGAUUGCAAGAAACCCGUUCUAUGCAUUUUCAGUUAUGCAAAACACUCGAAGCGUCUGGCUAGAAUGAUCGCAAAAAAACCGUUUUCAUCAGAAGAAGUCUUUCUGAGACACAUCGAAUUUGCCGCUGAAUUCGGUCAUGUCGACAACCUGGAUUCAGCCGCAGCACAACUCAACUUUUUGCAGUACUACAUGAUUGACAUUAUAGUACCGUUUAUUGCAAGCGUUUUAUUAACUGCUUAUAUUGGUGUACGGAUGGUAAUGCGUAUUUGUUGCAGUUUCAUGAGAGUGGCGAAAUCGAAAACUGAAUAG